AGCUGAUAUACGCGCGGGUUAUGCGCAUUGCGCAUAUUAUUUUAUGAUUUGUAAAUAAUUUGUUAGUCAUUCUUAUCAAUCAUCAUGGCUGUCCCAGUAUCUCUUGAUGAACAAUGGAAUAAUUUCAAGUCCACUUACGCAAAAAAUUAUGGAACUGAAGAAGAUGAAGCAAGUCACCGUGCUAUUUUUGAAUCCAAUAUACAAAAAAUGGAGGCACACAACAAGGAAUACGAUGAUAAAAAAGUCACUUGGAAAAUGGGCAUCAACAAGUUCACCGACUUGUCACCAGAGGAGAUGAAGAAAUUCAUGGGAUACAGACCCCCGAAGAAUCUUGGACAGGAAAAAUAGUAAUAGGAAAUUUCUUUUCAAUUUUUCUUGAACCUUAUAUAUUUUAUCGUUUUUACAUUUACAGAGAUUAUAUUUGUUAUACUUG